CGUCAUGGAGGACGAUGAGGCAACAGAUGAAUUAUUCGUCGCAAUGCAACCUUCAGCAUUUUCAUCCUUUGUUUCCGCUGCACAAACUAAAGACAUAAAAGACAAUUUGCAAGAGGAUGAGGAGGAGUAUGAGGAGUAUGAUGAUACAGGCGAUGAGUACGGGAUGGCGGAGGAGGAGGAUGAUCGGGAGAUCAUCGAUGAGUUUGAGGAGGAGAGUACAGCCGAGGAGAACACAGACACAGGGACCUCAGGGGGUACCUCCAAGUUAGACCUGCCUCACAGCGAGGCGUCCGAUCAGUCCAGUCAGGAUAAACUCAUGUAUCCAGACACAGAUCCAGACCAGUCCAAUUCCAGCUGUGACCCCAAUACCAGUCAGUCAAUGGACCAAAGUAAUGAAAAAAUACAGUGUAGGCUUGAGAAAAUUAGUGACUCAAGUAGCAUAUCUCUUAAUGACAGCUUACAGGACGAUGUUGAUGUUAUUAAGAGAAGUUUAGCAUGUGAUAGCAGAAGUUUGUCUGGAGACAAGGACUCUACAACAACUGAAGUGAUGGAAAUCAGGCCAGCACCUAAACCACUCAGGGUGGACCAUACAUAUGAUGUCUCCCCAAUGUUGUAUGACAAACAGCUGCCUGCAGGGUGGACAAGGAAAGUUGUUCAGAGAUUAAGUGGCAAGUCAGCAGGAAAAUAUGAUGUGUACAUUUACAGUCCUAGUGGGAGAAAGUUGAGAUCUAAGACUGACCUUGCCAGGUAUUUAGAGGAAGAGGGCAUUACAGAUCUGAGUGCUGAUGACUUUGAUUUUACCGUCCGAGGUAAACACCAUUCUGUGGGCCACACUUCUAAACACCAGACUGUAGGCCCAACUAUUAAGAGGAAGAGAGCUGAAGCAGACAGUAGUAAGACUACUGAUGCUGAUACGAGUGACGGGACGGAAAUCAAAAAGAGAAAAAACAGUGCACCAAAAGUAACAGCAAAGACAUUCAACAAGACCAGAGAAAAAUCAGGGAAGAGAGGAAAUGCCAACAAAAAGGCUGUCUUGUCUCAAGUGAAGGACAACUCACCUAAAAAAGGAAAAUCCAUAACACAGAGACUUGUCAUAAAAAUGGCCUUCUCCGCAGGAGAAAGUGCUCAUAAAUCGAAAAAGAAGGAGACCACAAAAAUAAAAUCAGUGAAGAGAAAAGUGAAAACGGACAGCACACAGGAUGGUGAUAAUGGGAAAUGUCAAGUGAGUACUGUUCAGGGAGGAAAAAGGACUGAGGAGGCCCAGAGGAGGGGGGAAUGUUAUGUCACUCCUAAAAAAAACCCAAGGUUUCGUGAAGCUUUGGAAGAGGACCUAAAAGUUGUCAAAGCUCAUGGUGCUAAUGUGUUUGAUAUGUUUGAUAAGGAUGGUAACAUGAAUACUGAUGGUGAAAUUAAAUGUAAUGUGGAAAUCAUUAAAACAGGUGACACAAAAGUAAAUGGUGCACAAAGUGAAAACCAGUUUGUGAAGUGGGAUUCUAGUAACAGUGGUUCAUUUUCUUCAGAUGAAGCUAAGAGUCCUACAAGAUUGAAAAGAAGAGGCUCUGGAAAUAUUGAUUAUGCAAAACUUUCAGGUCGAAACAGGCGUGUAUCAACGGAACGAAAAAUCUUGUCCAAAAAAUCUGACCGAGCACCUUGUUCUCUUAAUCAGACCUCUGAUAAAAGUGAUGAGAGCACCACCAACACUACAGACUCUUCUACUGAGCAAAGUACUGAAAUACUGACAAAAAAGGUGUCUGAUGAAAACAGUAUGUGUAAUUCUCCUAAAAGUGUUAACAAUUCCAUCUCUGUACCUGUUACAGAGGAUGAUCACUUGGUUCAUCAGACUGAAGAUCUACAAACAGAACCCUCCUUGUCUCUUACCAACAUUAAAUCCCCUGCCUCUCCCAGACUGUAUGAUAAAUCCCCUGUCUCUCCAGUUAAAUCCCCCGCCUCUCCCAUUAAAUCUCGUGCCUCACCUGUUAAAUCCCCCGCCUCUCCCAUUAAAUCCCCUGUCUCUCCUGGACUGUAUGCUAAAUCGCCACGCAGACUGUCUGAUGGUCAGCUCACAAAACUCACCGAGUCUUCAGAGGCCUCAUGGUCCAAAGAGACCAUUUCCAGUGAAGAGGACAAGGCUCUGGUGGAGGCAGAUGAUAACAGUCUAGACAUAGAAGAGGAUGAGGAAUAUGUUCCUGCCCAGUCUGCUGUGGUACAGAGUCCGUAUUUCCAGAGUGGACGUUACAUGCCUCGUCCUGAGUUACAUAGAGAUGUCAAAUGGACCCCACCCAAGUCUCCCUUUCAUCUCAUUCAGGAAAGCUUGUAUCAUGAUCCAUGGAAAUUACUGGUGGCCACAAUAUUCUUAAACAGGACCACAGGGAAGGCUGCUAUUCCUAUCUUGUGGAAGUUUCUGAAUCGCUGGCCAAACCCUGAUGCGGCUCGGCGGGGCGACUGGCAGUCUAUGGCCAGGCUUCUUACACCACUGGGGCUGCAUGAAAAGAGGGCAAAGAUCAUCAUACGCUUCUCAGAUGAGUUUUUGACAAAAGAGUGGAGGUAUCCAAUAGAAUUACAUGGAAUUGGGAAAUAUGGAAAUGAUUCCUACAGAAUUUUCUGUGUGAAAGAGUGGAGACAGGUCACUCCUACAGACCAUAAAUUAAAUGACUAUCACAAGUGGCUGGUAGAAAACUGGCAGACGUUAGGAGUGGAUUGAAGAGAAAUGAACUUCAUCCAGUUUGAUUAAAAAAAACAAACAAAAAAAAAACGGAAGAAAAAAGGACUAAUUGACUUUCACAAGUGGCUAAGAGAAAAUCAUAAGUUGUUAGGAGUGAUUGAAGAGAAAGGAAUAUCACUCAGUUUGAUGAACUAACCUGAAAACUGUAUCUUCUUAUUAAGAGUGCUGUAUUCCAACUUCUGAGAAUGACAGAGUCUGUGCCAUGUUUGAGACGAACCUGAGCUGAAAUAAAACAUGAAAAGUAUAAAUGUGUGUUCUUAGUUUCACUUUUAUUAUUAUGUAAGCUCAUGUUUGAUUCAUGUUUUCUAUACUAUUUUCAGAAUUGGUCUUUUAAAACUGAACACAUCAAUCCUAAUUUUAUUUAUUUAAUUGUGAAUUUUUCACAAUCAAGCCUUAUUACCCUCUUAGUAUUGAAACAUAUCCUCAUCAAUUGAGGAACAUUUAUCUGUUUUUAGGUCACCUGAGUAAACUCAGGUGACCUAUUGCUAUCCGUUUUCGUCCGUCGUCGUCCGUCGUUCGUCGUCCGUCGUCCGUCGUUCGUCGUCCGUCGUGUGUUAACAUUUGAACAUUUUCAGCUUCUUCUCUGCAACCACUGAACCAAUUUCAACCAAAUUUGGCACAAAGCAUCUAUGGGUGAAGGGGAACAAAAAUUGUGAAUUUCAUGAUCCCUGCCCCCCUGGGGCCCGAGGGGUGGGGCCAAAACCACUAAAAUUAAUGCAAUCUUUAAAAAUCUUCUUCUUUACUCCUGGACAUCAAGCAGUCAAACUGUUUGCAUGAUUGUAAUCAGCAUUGAGUCCUUUACCAAAAUUGUGAAAUUCAUGGCCCUGGGGUCAGGGGUUCUAGUGCUAGGGCGGGGCUAAAUAAGUAUAUAGUGAAAAUGCAUUAUUUCUUUGGAAAUCUUCUUCUCUACUCUUGCGUAUUAAAUAAACCAACUAAGUACAUAGUUAUGAUGAGCAAGAGUGCCUCUACCAAAAUUGUGAAUUUUAUGGCCCCAGGGUCAGGGGUUCUGGUGUUAGGGCGGGGCUCUAUUGAUUAUAUAUAGUGAAAAUACAUGAUUUCUUUGAAAAUCUUCUUCUCUGCCCCUGGGUAUUAAAUAUACUAACUAAGUGCAUAGUUAUAAUGAGCAUGAGUGCCUCUACCAAAAUUGUGAAUUUUAUGGCCCCAGGGUCAAGGGUUCUGGUGUUAGGGCGGGGCUCUAUUGAUUAUAUAUAGUGAAAAUACAUGAUUUCUUUGAAAAUCUUCUUCUCUGCCCCUGGGUAUUAAAUAUACUAACUAAGUGCAUAGUUAUGAUGAGCAUGAGUGCCUCUACCAAAAUUAUGAAUUUUAUGGCCCCAGGGUCAAG